CACUCAGCCGGCGGCAGCGGAACAGGCGGCAGCGAGUCCCCAGCGCCGAGAGCAGCGUCCCCCGCACAGCCUCCGCCAUGGAAGAGGAGAUCGCCGCCCUCGUCAUCGACAAUGGCUCCGGCAUGUGCAAGGCCGGGUUUGCCGGGGACGAUGCUCCCCGUGCUGUUUUUCCUUCCAUCGUCGGCCGCCCCCGGCAUCAGGGUGUGAUGGUGGGCAUGGGGCAGAAGGACAGCUACGUGGGGGAUGAGGCCCAGAGCAAAAGGGGCAUCCUGACCCUGAAGUACCCCAUCGAGCACGGCAUCGUCACCAACUGGGAUGACAUGGAGAAGAUCUGGCACCACACCUUUUACAACGAGCUGCGGGUGGCCCCCGAGGAGCACCCCGUCUUGCUGACAGAGGCCCCCCUCAACCCCAAGGCCAACAGAGAGAAGAUGACGCAGAUCAUGUUUGAGACCUUCAACACCCCAGCCAUGUACGUGGCCAUCCAGGCUGUGCUGUCCCUGUACGCCUCCGGUCGUACCACUGGUAUUGUUAUGGACUCUGGGGAUGGCGUCACCCACACCGUCCCCAUCUACGAGGGUUAUGCUCUGCCCCACGCCAUCCUGCGCCUGGACUUGGCUGGCCGUGACCUGACAGACUACCUCAUGAAGAUCCUGACAGAGAGAGGCUACAGCUUCACCACCACAGCCGAAAGGGAAAUUGUCCGUGACAUAAAGGAGAAGCUGUGCUACGUCGCCCUGGACUUCGAGCAGGAGAUGGCCACCGCUGCCUCCUCCUCCUCCCUGGAGAAGAGCUACGAGCUGCCCGAUGGGCAGGUCAUCACCAUCGGCAACGAGCGGUUCCGGUGUCCGGAGGCCCUCUUCCAGCCCUCUUUCCUGGGCAUGGAAUCCUGCGGCAUCCACGAGACCACCUUCAACUCCAUCAUGAAGUGUGACGUGGACAUCAGGAAGGACCUUUACGCCAACACGGUGCUGUCUGGUGGCACCACCAUGUACCCUGGCAUCGCUGACAGGAUGCAGAAGGAGAUCACGGCCCUGGCACCCAGCACCAUGAAGAUCAAGAUCAUCGCCCCGCCGGAGCGCAAGUACUCGGUGUGGAUCGGCGGCUCCAUCCUGGCCUCGCUGUCCACCUUCCAGCAGAUGUGGAUCAGCAAGCAGGAGUACGACGAGUCCGGCCCCUCCAUCGUCCACCGUAAAUGCUUCUAAAGGGACUGGCGGCGGGCGCCCGGGCCCUGGGCUGUCUCACCAGUGUAUGUUGGCCCAGGCCAAGCGAGACACCUCGUGCGAGCCUCAUCAAACUGGAAUAAGCCUUCUUCCAAAAGAAACUUGCCCUUGGAGAGUCCGUACCUGAUGUUAGACCGAUGUCGGCACUGGAUGCUCGAGCUCUUGCUUGAUUUAUAUUUUGGGGGGGGGGGAGGGGUGUUUUGGUUUAUUUGUUUUGUUUUUUUGGGUUUUUUUUUUUUACCUUGUCACUCAAGUUUAACCCUUUCCUCGGCACACACCUGAGCGAGCUGCCUUGUGCUGCUCCUCUCCAGCAGCAGGGCCGGCCCAGCACCAUGUCCAACGCUGUUCCCCACCCCUCACCUUGGCCCUGGGGCUGGUGCCUACAGCGUGUUCAGGGCUCAGCUCUGCCAUAGGCCCUGUGGGGAAUACUCCAGGUUUCCUGUCAGGGGCUGGUAGGACUCAAAUCCAGCGAGUCCCACUUUGUCAGGAGACACAUAUCAAGUCCGAGCCUUACGCCUCCUCCUCUCCACCCCUGGUUUCCUCUUCCCUCCCUCCCAGUUGGCAUCCCGGGGCUGAAGUCGCUCGAGUUGCUCAAACCUGGCAUCUGACACCUGUAAAUUUUCUGCAUCUUUUAAUUUAUGUCAGAUUUUUUCUUUUUUUUUUCUUUUUUUUUUUUUUUUGUACGUUGCCUUAAGUGUUGUCACCUGCCAGUAGGAACCGACCUGUCACGUCAGCUGCCCGUGGAGGAGUCUGUCAGCCCCCGCCACGGCAUGGUGUAAGGAAAAUAAAACAGCGCUGCAGUCAA